GUUUAUACACCCAGUCGCUUUCAAGAAAUGGGGGUCGUCCUUACCUACGCGCGCACAAUCCGUCUCUUGCCGUCGUCUAAACUCCGCCUCCUAUCCAUUCGUCUCCCUAGAAACCCUAGCUUGCUAUCGACAACUCAGCCAGUGUCGACUACUGUUCGUCGCUUUACUGCUAUACCCGCCAUGGCAUCUGUUUUCAAGCCUGAAGAAGCUAGGCUUCCCACCGCUCUCCAGCCUCCGGUUCCUCCCGUUUCCAAGUUUAAGAUUGCGCUAUGCCAGUUGUCAGUGACGGCGGAUAAGUCAAGGAACAUCGCCCAUGCUCGCAGAGCGAUCGAGGAGGCUGCUUCGAAGGGGGCUCAGCUCGUGCUUUUGCCUGAAAUAUGGAACAGUCCAUACUCAAAUGAAAGCUUUCCUGUGUAUGCGGAGGAUAUUGAAUCUGGUGAUGGUGCAGCACCAUCAUAUUCCAUGCUUAGCGAAGCUGCUCGUUCCUUGAAGAUUACUAUUGUUGGUGGUUCAAUACCAGAACGUUCUGGUGAUCACUUGUAUAACACAUGCUGCAUUUUCGGUACGGAUGGAAGUCUCAAGGGUAAACAUAGAAAGUUACAUCUGUUCGACAUUGAUAUUCCCGGGAAGAUAACCUUUAAGGAGUCAAAGACCCUCACAGCUGGGCAACAACCGACCAUCGUUGACACAGGUUUAUCUUAUUCUGAAUGGUUAUUGAUGUUUCGUGGAUUAGGUGCUCAUUUAAUAUGCUAUCCUGGGGCAUUUAACAUGACCACUGGUCCCCUUCAUUGGGAAUUGCUACAGAGGGCAAGGGCUGCUGAUAAUCAGCUAUUUGUAGCAACAUGCUCCCCAGCUCGUGAUGCCAGUGCUGGAUAUAUUGCUUGGGGCCACUCCACUCUUGUUGGUCCGUUUGGAGAAGUCAUUGCAACUACUGAGCAUGAAGAAGCCAUCAUUGUGGAAGAGAUUGAUUAUUCACUGAUAGAACUGAGAAGGUCCAACCUCCCAUUACAGAUUCAAAGGCGUGGGGAUCUCUAUAAGUUUGUUGAUGUGCAAAGGGUCAGCCAUCACUAGAUAAUUAUCUUGUUUCUUGAAAAAAGUUGUAGCUUCGUUGUGCUUCUAAAAAAUCUGAUUUUUUCCGUUUACAUGAACUUUAAAUUAAUAAUUGCAAGUUGUUCUUGAUUUA